AUGCACGCCCGCACUCUCAUCAACCGCACUCUCCUCGUCUCAGCGCUGGUAGCCCUCACGGCGGCGCGCCCUUACUACCCGAUGCCCUACGCGCUCCUCGCAUCUGCACCGCAGGCCAGCACCACGGCCACGGCCACCGUCACUGCUGGUGAAGAGAGAAGAGGGAGCGAGAGUGAGGGAUCCGUUCGGCUGAGGGUCGGCGUGCAUGACGCGCCGAACGUCUAUACCAAGGGUCGCUGGCCGGCCGCGGCAUCGCCGGACAUCCGGUUGCUCUCAUUCGCAUCACCACGGCGACGAGCGAACGACAAACGAGAAGCCUGGGGAGGCAAGGCCAGACACGUGCGCAGCUGGACAUCGAAGCCAGAAGUUACUGAGGAGGUCUCCCUGACCCCUGCUCACGUAGGUGACUACUACGACCUUCGAAGCCCAAAUACCGCUAUGUACUAA